AUGAAUAACUUGUACAAACAUGCUUUAAAACAAGAGCAAGUUCUUCGACAAGAUUUAGCAAAGUUUGAAAAUGGAGAGGACGUUUCUGUUGGAAUACAAGGUCAGAUAUCGGUUGGUCUUACUUCAUUAAAACGAACGAUUGAUGAUUACGAUGGCUUGGCCAAGAGAGAAAUUAUACUUGUAAAGCAAGAGAAAGCUUUGGUUAAUGUAUGCAAGUUAAGAGAUGAUUAUAACGAAUUGAAGAGUCAGUUUGAUAGGCUGAAACAACGAGAAGCGAAUAAGAUGGCUCAAAAUAGCAGGGCAGAGUUGUUGGAACGAAGACAUAAUACAUCUACACCGGAAUAUCCUUUUCAACAUGGUUCAUCCAGAGAACAGCAUGCACUUCGAGAGCAUGACUUUCUUAAUGAAACCGAUUCAAAACUUGAUGAAUUCAUAGCACAUGGAAGAGAAGUGUUAUAUAAUAUGUAUGACCAGAAUAAUACUUUAAAGAGCGCUCAACGAAAGAUGCUUGAUGCAGCAAAUACUCUUGGGUUAUCACGUAACGUUAUUCAAUAUAUAGAACGUAGAUCAACCCAGGAUAAAUGGAUUUUUCUAGGUGGUGUAAUUCUUACUUUAUUUUCUAUGUGGGCUAUUCAAAAGAUGGAUCCUAUAAAAUCUAGAGGUCGUCCACCAAAAGCUGGAAGUAAAGGAGCAUUUACAAAAGACAUACGACUUUUAAUGUAUGGGUUUGGCGACGAAGCUAAUCCAGCAGCCGAUUCAAUAAACGUGAUGGAGGAACUUGUUACUGAUUAUAUUACCGAAAUGUGCCAUAAAGCAUCUGAUGUUGCAAAAGAUCGCAAAGUCACCGUUGAUGAUUUCAAAUUUAUUUUACGGAAUGAUUCAAAAAAAUUGGCCAGAGUUGAAGAAUUAUUGCAUAUGGAGCAAGAGAUCAAGAAAGCUAGACAAAAUUUCGAUGUUAAAGAUAUUGAUGAAUAA